UUCUCAAUGAACACUGUACACAGACCAUGUGCUGGAGGAAUCCCCAGUUUUGGGACACACGGCUAAAAUUCCGAAUGAAUCAAUGAGUUUGUUGUUCCAAUCUCAUAAAAAGCAGCUAGAGAAACUGUUUUCUUGGCGGGCGCGGAGAAGUUUUGCAGCUUAAAAAUAAAUGGAGUGAGGGUAAGGAAAGGUGGCAUGGAUUUCGAGAUGUACCUUGAACUGGUGAUGCUGAUGUCCUGGGUAGGAGACACCCUGGCCUGCCUUCCAGCGGCGGACUGGUGCGCACGUUGUGAUGACGUAAUGUUAAACUGUAUUGACGUCAACGCGAGUUGUUUGGCUGUCGACCAUGCUUUUCGUUUUGCCGCUUUAAGCAAUUUAACAAAAGAUAUCCAGUUCCAAAAUGGAGCAACAUUGGGUGUCCUCGGUGUGGGGACGCAGACACAAUUCGAUCAUUUUUGUACAGUGAAAUAUAUAGGGUAUGUGCACUACGAGGAGCAGCUGUGUUUAAGAACUAACAAUGUGAUAAGUAAAGGCGUGUCCGAGCCAAGUACGCCCCACGAGGAGCCACCGGUGAAUACCGAGGAUGUUAAUGAGUUUAUAGGUUACAUAGUUUGGGGAGGUGUGGCUUGUGGGAUGUUGGUAGUCUUCCUCGUAGCUGUGCUGGCUCUGAUGCUUCGACGUAAACGCCAGUUCCACGGAGAUACGGAUGACUCGACGCGAUGAACUACUGUGGCAGACUGCCUCUGGACAUGAACAUGAUGUAAUGGUGAUAUAAAUUAACAUUUCAUGAUGAUAACUGUAGGUAGUCUCAGUUCCAACUGACCACUAAACGACAUCAUCCAUUCGGACUGCUGAGUCAGUGGUGUAGUGCACAUUCACACUGACCGCCGUCAGAUCCGAGGAAACACAUGCCAUCUUAUAGAGAGAAUGUCAUGUCCACUUCUAUAUACGUUAAGUGCAGAGAUUAUUUUUGCAUUUGUAAACACCUUAUGGUGUCACUCUUAAAAUUUAGAAAUAGGAGGAAAUACGUUGAAUAAAAUACGAGUGUAGCCCAAUUGGACAGACGGGUAGAGCGCAAUAAAGAGGUAAAUCCUUAAAUGAAUACUCUUUCAGUAUUUGUUUGAAGACAUUUUAAGCAUAUUUUGUCUGGAUUAUUGGACGCAGUAGUCUUUAAACAAGGGGUGUUGCUGCCUUUGGGGCUGAGGGAUGGAGCCCAAUACAGGUACAUCUGUAAAUACUACUUCUUUAGUAACGAUGAAGGUACACGUGUUUGACCAAAUUUGAGCAUCAAUGCAUGGGUCAAGAAAACUCUGCAUGUCUCCUAGGCCAGAUAGGCGGGGACAGCCGAAAACGGGAAAAGAUAGAUUAGGUUUUAAAUACUACUUCUUUAGUAUUGAUGAAAGUAUUCAUGCCAAAUAUGAUCUGAAGCAUCACUGGGAUAAGAGUCCCUAAUAUCGUUGAAGCAAGGGACCCCUCCCCCUUCGAGCUGACAUUUUGACGUCUUCAAGUCUAAUGAAGUUUUGGCGAAUGUUAACAAAAAUGGCGGAAGUGAUCAUCUCAUGAUCAGGUGCUAACUUUUGGAUCAUUUGAAAUUUAAUAUGGCCGCCAUAGUAUUUUAUUGGCCGAAUAUUUCCUACUUAGAACAACAUUUUAAGCAACUGUUUCUUUCACGGUCCUGAUCAAAUAUUUUUUAAUGUUUCCAAGCAAUUCUUAAUCAAAGACAGCCAUAUGUUUCUCUGGCUGGCUGAGACCUUUACAACUUCUUAUGAAGUUCAUCCAGGCAAUGACAACCUUAUCUGAAUAAUGCUCUGGUAGGCUUGGACAGGUGAAGUACUUUCUAAAGUUGAUUUGAAAUCGAUAAAGAUAAUCUGCCUGAAAUAUAUUUGAUAUAAUGCUCAAUUAUAUCCAAUCAUCCCAGAAACGUUCUUGUCAUUGCCUUAACCUUUAAGUGAUGUAAGUUUGGUUCCAAAAGAACAUCUAAGAAUGUUACAGUGACCUGAAGUUAGCGGUCGCAUUUCAAUUUGUUUUUCUAGUUGAGAUAACAAGAUGAAAUAGAUGAACGAUAAGUCGUUUUCACUAAUGCUCAUAAAUAUACGGGUUACAGAAUCAAUACCAUAUGUAGUAACAACAAAUAAUCUCCAACAACGAUUUAGCAAUUAGAAUAUUCUGAAACUGAACUUCUAUUAUACAGUUAUGCAGUA